GCCGCGCGCGCUGGUGCUCGACGAGGCGCUGCGCGCCGGCCCGGGCGCGGCGGCGGCGCUCGAGGCGGCCGCCGCGGGCGAGCUGCAGGUGAUAGACGCAGCGUCGCUGCUGUGCUACCCUGGGCCCCGGCCGCCACUUCCCGCCCGCGGCUGUCGGAGCCCCGACGAUCCUUUGUACCUUUUGUACACAGGUGGCACCACCAGCGCCUCCAAGUGUGUGGUGGUGACGCACCGCAUGGCGGUCCACGAGCUGCAG